UGAAGGUAAGCGGGUCACGUCCAUCCUCAUUCCUCAGUCCUCACCCGGGCGAACAAUUUUUCUCUCUAGUUUGACACUUUAUGGCUUCUAGAUUGGCUCCCGGGGCGGGCCACUGGUAUCGAUCAAACACGUGCUCUCCUUCACUCCCAUUUCCGACACCCAUGCAAAUGCAAUUUUACCUCUCCCCUUUUGCAUGUCUCUCCUCUUCACCUCAAGAGCUAAGUCAAUCCAAAUUCAACCUCCAUUUUCCUCUGAAACCCCCUUUUCCAAGAAAUGCUCAUCUCCAAGGACCUAAAUUACCCAAAAAGCUAUCUGAAGUUGCUGCUCUGAUUUUCUUGAAACAGUAGGAAUGUAAGAUGCAAUAGCCUAGAUGGUCAAAACGAGGAAUAUACAUCCAUGGGUAAAUGCUUUCCUCAUUAUGUCUUUCACAGGAGGUGAGGAAUGAAAUAUUUUAUACAAUUUCCAUUCCUGGGGAACCCUGUAAUUGAUAUACAAUUGUUUCGCAUAGCCGGGAAAUGCUGCACAAAUCUUCCCUCACAUACCAGGAGUACAUUUCCCAUUGGGGUUGCCCUUCUCUUAUGUUGUUGCCAUAGAAUAUACAAGGGAAUUACAAAUGCCCAGCAGAGAGGGAGGUUCUUGAGUGAUACAAAUAAAGGCUUCAAAUUAUUGAGCUGAUUUUUAUAGGCAAGCGAGACCGCAAAGGUCUAGUUGACUUCUUACAGGGAGGAAACUUGGAAAGAAAAUGAGCAGUGAACCGUCUGGUGUUAUAUCUGAAAACAUUAAUGUUGGUGCCCGGGGUGAUAUAAACAAUAGGGAUGAACGUGUAAGUAGUAUAUCUCUAGAGACCGGUGAAGUAUUUUCCGCAGAGUUCACGCCACGAAAAGUACCCACCAUGAAGGAUUCACAAAACAAUCGGGGUGGCUUUACCAUUCCUCAAAAUGAUGUGGUCUAUGAGGACCUUAACGGUCUACUAGGUAUACAAAGAAGAGGUUUCGAAAGUAUAGCAAGAAAUCAUAGAGCUUAUAUGGAUGGAAAUAGAGCUACAUGGGGACCAGCAGAAAACUCCCCACACUCAUGCCACCCUUACAACGAUGGUCAAGAAGGGCCAUACAAACCUUUUUCUAAAAAACUGAAAUUCCUAUGCAGUUUCGGAGGAAGAAUUUCUCGAGGACCGAACAAUGGUAGGCUUAGGUAUGUUGGUGGUGAGACUAGAAUAAUAUCAAUUAGGAAGAACUUAACUUAUGAUGAACUAGUGAAAAAGACUAGAGCCAUUUAUGAUCACCCUCACACCAUAAAGUACCAACUCACUGGUGAAGAUCUUGAUGCACUUAUAUCUGUGACAUCUGAUGAGGAUCUCCAUAACAUGAUAGAGGAAUUCCAGGACUCGGGAAAGAUUUCACAAUUUCUCCGUCUUUUUCUUGUGCAUUCAUCUGAGGAGGAAACUCUUUGUUCUUUUGAACCAUUGACCUUACAACCAAGCCAGUUUCGGAGCACUUUAGACUAUAGUCCGAGCUAUCAAAGAGAUUCCUUUGCUUCAUUUCAUCCAUUCAACGUAAUAGUCCCAAAAAAUCCUACUGCUCACCAGUUUAAUACAUAUCAGUCUCCUCCAUUGUCUCCACUAGCAGGUCAUCAGUUAAAAGAUUUCAAACGCUGCCCUGAUUUGGCAUUUACCAAUAUUCAAUGUGAUGAAGGUAAUGAUUCAUAUAGUCCGUAUCCUGUGGACCAAUGCUAUUGCUGUAGUAAUCCGUUAAGUUGUUACCGAAAAAAGGACUGUAAUUUAGUGGAACUGCACAAGGCUUGUGAGUCAAUCCCUCAAAAUCUUGUACUUCAACAUUGUAUUGCAUCCAAACUGCUCCUGAGACCAGGUUUGCAUACUAAAUCUGGUUGCGGAAUGCAUCAUGCUAUUUCUGAUCCACAACUGCACUGUGAACAGAGAUAUAAUGUCCCUUCAAAUUUUAAUAUAGAGAAAUGCCCUUCACUCGAAAUGAUUAGCUCUUCGAAAAAAUUGUCAAUGCAAGGGAAAGAAUUGAGAGAUGACAAACAGUUCGAGCAGCAAAAUCUUAAAGAACCAGAAUUUGUGAAACAGUUAAAGCAGAAGAAUCUUUACUCAGCUCAGGAAAAAUCUUAUUUUGGGACUAAGGAAACAUGUACUCAAAAAGCUUAUGGUGGCAGUAACUCUUCUAAACCCUUUGUCUCUCCCAGUAAUAAUAAUGCAGCAACCAUUUGUAUAGAGCACUGCAAUGAUCCUAAUGCUUGUUGGGGAACAACUUCAAAGCCUGAAGUCAGUGAAAACAGAAACUUUUCUAUAGGAUUGAUGAAACACUCCACAAACAACUGCCGGGAUGAGUGUUUUGGUUUAUCAGAUAGAUCUGGCUUCAAUAUAGAGGUGAAUGAUCCCCUUGUUCCUGACAUAUCAUUACAAAAUUCAGCUGCUGCUUUUGCACAAGAUUUUACAGUCAAUCAGGGCAUGUCCAAUGGUAAACAUACACAGCAAAGGUCAGAGGGUUUAUCAAACCAAAAGCAUGACACAUUGUUCGAGUUCCAACUCUCGGAUAAUUCUAAUCGCUUUAGAGUCCCUGAUGGACCAUCGUCUGCAAAUUCCUUCCCACAUGAGCAAGAUGAACCUGACUAUAAGGACAAAAAAGCAGAUGGUGAUGCAGAGGGUUUAUCUAUCAAUGAUGCUGCAAAUAUUGAAACAGAGGCGGGGAUCUGUGGCUUUCAGAUUAUAAGAAAUAGUGAUCUUGAAGAGCUACGGGAGUUGGGAUCUGGUACAUUUGGGACUGUACAUCAUGGAAAAUGGAGGGGAACAGAUGUUGCUAUCAAGAUGAUAAAAAAGAGCUGUUUUGCUGGCCGAUUAUCUGAGCAAGAACGGUUGACCAAUGAUUUCUGGAGGGAGGCUAAGAUUCUUUCAGACCUCCGCCACCCAAAUGUAGUAGCAUUCUAUGGCGUGGUUCCUGAUGGACCAGAAGGAACAAUGGCUACAGUUACAGAAUACAUGGCUAAUGGGUCACUGAGGCAUGUACUUCGAAGGAAGGACAGAACUCUUGACAGACGAAAAAAACUUAUGAUUGCAUUAGAUGCUGCAUUUGGUAUGGAAUACUUGCAUUUGAAAAAUAUUGUUCAUUUUGAUUUGAAGUGCGAGAACUUGCUUGUCAAUCUGGGAGAUCCACAACGACCUAUUUGCAAGGUUGGUGAUUUUGGAUUGUCAAGAAUAAAACAGAAUACUCUUGUUUCGGGUGGUGUUCGAGGAACACUUCCAUGGAUGGCACCCGAGUUAUUAAAUGGGAGUAGCAGUCGGGUUUCAGAAAAAGUUGAUGUUUUCUCAUUUGGCAUUACAAUGUGGGAGAUCUUGACAGGAGAGGAGCCUUUUGCAAGCAUGCACUGUGGCACAAUCAUAGGUGGCAUUGUAAAUAACACUCUUAGGCCUCCAAUUCCUCAACGGUGUGAUUCUGCAUGGCGAAAGUUGAUGGAAGAUUGUUGGGAAUUCGAUCCAGCGGCAAGGCCAUCAUUUACAGAGAUAACAAACCGAUUGCGUGCAAUGUCUGCUGCUUUCCAACCAAAGACGAGGGUGAGGAGAUGAGAUCAUGUACAUAAAUGCAAGUCUUAUGAACAAAGUUGAAAAGAAAUCGUUUGCACAGCUACACACUACUAAUAUGCAAAAUACAUAAAUGCAAAUAUUGUUGUAAAUGAUUUAACCUAUGUACGUUAAAGAUAUAAAUGAGACACCUUAUUGCUUUUGUCUAUACAUGGGCAUUAUGUUA